AAAGUGUUGCUCAGCUAAUAUGGCAGAGAGAGUUGUAAAUGAAAAAAAUGGCCAGUGUGAAAAUCUCAGAACAUCGCUCCCGGUUCCCAUGUUCUCACGCAAUGACUUCAACAUCUGGUCCGUACUAAAGAAUUGCAUCGGAAAGGAACUCAGCAAAAUCACGAUGCCAGUGGUAUUUAACGAACCGCUCAGCUUUCUGCAGCGUAUGACCGAGUACAUGGAAUAUGCUAAACUGCUCCGUGUGGCUUCCGAGCAAACGACCCCGUUGGAGCGAUUGAAGUACGUUUCCGCAUUUGCCGUUUCAGCGUUGGCCUCCAAUUGGGAGCGGCUGGGAAAGCCCUUUAAUCCAUUGCUCGGCGAAACUUACGAGCUAACUCGUCCCGAGUUUCGGAUCAUAUGUGAGCAGGUUUCUCACCAUCCCCCAAUUUCCGCAUUCCAUGCCGAUUCGGAAAGCUUCCGAUUUCAUGGCUCCAUUCAUCCGAAGUUAAAGUUUUGGGGCAAAAGUGUCGAGAUACAACCAAAAGGUGUCGUAUCGGUGGAAUUCCCAAAGCUCAACGAGGCUUACUCCUGGUGCAACGUCAACUGUUGCGUACACAACGUGAUUGUUGGGAAGCUUUGGAUCGAGCAGUACGGCAUGAUGGAGGUGGUAAGUCACCAGCACGGCAUGAAGGCAACACUCAACUUUAAACCCUCCGGAUGGAACAACAAAGAUUUGCACCGUGUCGAGGGCUACAUCACCGAUCGGAACAAACGCAAAACACAUUUUCUCUACGGAAAAUGGACCGAGUUCAUCAAGUGUACGGAUUACGGUUCCUACGAGGAAUACGUAAAGGAAAAUGCUCACAAAUUCAAGCGCAACGCGGACGAACGAAGCAAGAGCCCGAAUGAAUCGCCCGCCAAUACGCCCCGUAAAGUUUUGUCCAAGCUAAACAGCUUAAAAAUGAGCUCUUUCAAAAGUCUUUCAAUACAGGAGCCCGACGACCCACCGGAGCCAUCAGAAGGAGACAUCCCGAAAAGUGAUUCCACUUAUUCGAUCGACAUUCCAAAUUCCGUUACGCUUUGGCAGGCAGAGUCGCGUCCUGCUAAUACGGCGGAAUACUACCAGUUUACAAACUUUGCUAUGUCUCUGAACCAGCUGGAAGAGCACAUGAAACAUCCACGUGCACUGUGCCCGACGGACUCACGGCUCCGACCCGACAUCAGAAAGCUCGAGCAGGGUGAUCUGGAUGGUGCAGCGGCUGAGAAAACGCGACUCGAAGAAAAGCAACGGGAAAAUCGCAAGAAAAGCAAAAAGGGACAGGAGGAGUUGGUAAAUUUUCCCCGAUGGUUCAAGCAAGACAUCAAUCCACACACUAAGCAGGAGGAUUGGAUCUACAAGGGUGGCUAUUGGGAUCGAAACGAUGACAAUCUGGAGCUAGAUAUAUUUUAAAUGCUCUUCCAAUACUAAAACUCCACCAGACG